GUGUUCGAUGUGCUGAACGCAUUCGAUUCACGUAUUAUCGUCGAACGUGCGUCUGUUGAUGAGGCAUUUCUUGAUCUCACUCAAUUGGUCGAUUAUAUUGUCGAUUCUGAAACACCCUCACUGAAGUAUUCGACAUCACUGGAUAUGUUCCCAACAACGCACAUAGCCGAUGGACGUGAUGUGAAUGCGUCAGAUGCACCCGAUUGGCACUACGAUCGAGAGGCGAAUCUACGUGAGUGGUUGAAUCGGGCUUGUUCCGGCGAACGAAACUUGGUUAGAUCAUUAGUUUGUUAG